GUGCAGCGAAGAGAGCGGGCCGGAUAAUGUGGCAGCUCGUGGUAUCGGGUGUGCUGAUCGCGCUGGCCGUCAGUUGGGUUCGGUUCCGCCUGGGUCGGUACUACCGGCUGCUGUCGAGGGUACCCGGGCAGAAAGGACUGCCCCUGCUGGGAAACACCGUCAGCAUCAACAGCAACAUCGACAGGAUCCUGCACUACAUCUGGGAUCAGCUGCGUGAGUACGGACCCACGGCGUGCGUGUGGGUGGGACCAUACACAGUCGUCGGGCUGUCAGACCCGCGCGACGUCGAGAUAGUGCUGAACAAGACCGCGACUCUCUCCAAGUCGAUGCCCUACAAAGUCCCUCAACUCUUCCUGGGAUACGGCUUGCUGACGGCUGCGAGAGAUGACUGGAGAAGAUAUCACAAAAUAAUGAGUCCCGCUUUUAAAAACCUAACGCUGCAGAGCUUCCUCCCAGCAUUCAACGAAAAGAGUGGUGUCCUUGUAGAUGUACUCAAAAGGCAUCAAGAUGGUUCUAGUUUCGAUGUUUUGACAUACAUGAAUAUGUGUACGCUAGACAUCAUCACCGACACCAGCUUAGGCGUAAACAUGAACAUCUUAAAAAAUAAUAGAGUGGAUUUAGUAGAAGGUUUAAAAAAUGCCGAAGAUAUGGUAUUUUAUGCAACGGCUCAACCAUGGUUAUGGAUCCCAUGGAUCAUGAAAACCACAUCGUCAUACAAGAAAAUGGUGAAUGGUAUCAAAGUGCUAUGGGAUUUCGCAGGAAAUAUUAUUGACCAAAAGUUAUCUAACGACAUCACCGUGAAUGGAAGUCGUGAUAAAGAAUGCGCGAAAGAAAGUGAUCAAUUGUUAGACAUAAAAACUAAGCGUAUGGGUUUCUUAGAUCAUGUGGUAUCACUUAUGAAAACUCAGUCUACUUUACUGACCAAAACUGAACUCAGAGACAACACCAUGACGGUUAUUGUUGGCGGGACUGACACCGCGGCAACUGUCAUGUCAGCUGCUCUGAAACUACUGGGCCUUCACCAGGACGUGCAGAGGAAAGUCGUGGAGGAACUUGAGCACAUAUUCGGCGAUGACAUCCACCGGGAGGUGACGGCUGAAGACUUGACGCAGAUGGUGUACCUUGAACAAGUGAUCAACGAGACCUUGAGAUUGUACCCACCACUGCCAAUAGUUAGCAGAGUAGUCGAAGAGGAGGUGGACAUUACAGGUUACACUCUUCCUAAAGGCACCAUAAUACUGAUGUCGCCUUUUAUCACACAAAGAGACGCUUCUAACUUCCCUGAUCCUGACAAGUUCGAUCCCGAUCGCUUCAGCUCCGAGAACAGCAUUGGCCGGCACCCUUACAGCUUCAUCCCCUUCUUGGGAGGACGGAGGAUGUGCAUCGGGAAGAAGUACGCCUACAUGCAGAUGAAGACUAUCCUGUCCGCUGUGCUGCGCAACUACCGAGUUCUGCCUUGCGGCUCCAGAGAAGAUAUGGAGAAAGUGCAGUUUCGUUUAACCCUUCACAUUAUUCCUGGUUUGAAAAUAAAACUUACCGCGAAAUAAUACUUCACUGUUAUUAUACUCUAACUUUAAAUGUUUAUAAUUAUUGCUUCAAGCAUGUAACAUGUUAUGCAACUUAUCCUUCAAAGGUAAGAAAGAUUCGUGACACUUGAGUUAAGGUUCACUUAAUUGUUUCUAUAUUGGUAUAGCUAAUUCUUAUGCAUUGCCUAUAUGCCCAUCUGUCGAGACUGUUUAUUAAAAAAAAAUUUCUUAGACAUAUGCUUUAAAAUGAUCAGUAAGGAAUUUCAUUAAUUUCAUAAAUCAUUAAUUUUUUACUAUAAUCUUUAUUCAAUAUAGUUUUGUUUUUAGAAGAAAUAUUAAUUCCAUUAACUUCAUAAUGUAAAUUAAACUUAUGCUUUAAAUUUUAACAUGGAUUAAUAGAAGCAAUUCAAAUAAAAUAAGAGUAAAAAUCGGAAGAAAAAAAACAUGUAAUUCAACUACGUUACGUCCAAAUAACUGCCUACAUGUAUAUGCUAAUAAUAAAAUAAUUCAAUGGAAAA